ACCACACCACUCCAUGCCAUUGCCCAAAGACCUCUCUCUCUCUCUCUCUCUCUCUCUCUCUCUCUCUCUCUCUCGUGUGUGUGUUUCAUGCAACUGCGAGCCAGAAAGAGUCGACAAUGCACUCAAACCUCGAGAUUCACUGAUAAAAAAAAUGAUAAAAAUGUUGCAUAAAUUUCUCUGCAAUUUUGUUUUUCCUCCAACGCAAUGGUUAUCUGUUUAAGCAUCGAUUCCUGUGCUCCGUCGUUCGUGAGCUAGUUCGCCGGAUUAUGAUGUUCGUUCCGCGUCAUCGCCCCAACUCCGUAUAUUAAGCGCAGAUUUUCAGUUUCUCAAUACGAAUCAGCACUGAUUCUUGUGUGAUAUGUUCGUUCGUCAUCAUCGUGGAACCUGCUUAACUUAAACGCCGAUUUUCAGGUAGACAAGUUUGCAAGUUUUGCUUAGUCUUGUGAAAGGAAUCAUGAAGAGGAAGUACGCUAACUUACACCAAAACACACAUCAAUUUGAUCCACUGCCUUUUGAAGCAUACUGGUGUGGUUCAUGGGUGCCUGUGGAAAGCUUAAGAAUCAGAAAUGGAAUUGUUAGCGUGUUUAUCAUAAAAGAAGGAGAGUCAACUGAAGAAACCAUUCCCAUGUCAGACCUUCGAAUAAGGUCAAGAAAAGCAAAUUUGGCUGAUUGCACUUGCUUUUUAAGACCCGGAAUAGAUGUUUGUGUGCUUUCUACUAUUCCAUCAACAGAAGAGGAGUCAACCAACGAGAAUCCAAAACCUGUCUGGAUUGAUGCUAAAAUAAGUUCAGUGGAGAGGAAGCCUCAUGAGGAAGAUAAAUGCGUCUGUGAAUUCCAUGUGAGCAUCUACAUGAAGCAAGGUCCUGUCGGAUUGAUCAAGAAAGCGGUUCAUAAAGAGACCAAAAUGCUACAUAUUGAUCAGAUGUCCAUUCUUCAAAAGCUUGAAUUGAAGCCUUGUGAAAGCAACCACUAUCGUUGGCAUCAUUCUGAAGACUGCAAUUCACGUCAUAUAUUUAAACUAUUUACAGGAAAAUUCUCUUCAGAUAUAUCAUGGUUAAUUGUUGCAUCUGUCUACAAGCAACUUGUUUUUGAUGUGAAGCCAGUGGACAACCAGAUUGUGUAUCAAAUUUGGGAUGGUGAUGAUGAUGGUGAUGGUGAAAAGAGUUUGCGAAAUUCUGAAAAUCAUUCAACUUCAAGUGCACUUAAUUUCAAAGUAGAAAAUGGAAUUUCCACUCCUUUCAUUGUCCCCUUCAGUCUAGUAGAGGAAAAGAAAGCUGUUUGUGGUGUUGAUGAAUUUGCUUCAUCAUCCUACUUUGACCUCAUGGACGUAAGGCGUUCAAAACGUAGGAAUGUCCAACCUGAACGCUAUCUGGGUGAUGAUAAUGUAUCAGAGUCAGAAAUUGAUUUGUCUCGGUUUGGAUUAUACAGGCCAAACAGCUCAAAAUACGAGGAAGUCCCAGUUGCAUUCUCAAUUCAGGAUGAUCAUUCAUUGAAAGAUGAAAAUAAAUCGGAAUACCUUAGGAAAGUAUACAAUCAAGAGGGUUAUCUUGGAAGGCUGAAUGAUACUAACAAGUCAAAGGAGGUGAGAACAGAAGUUCCUUACAGACAAGAUCCUUCUAUGGCUUCUUCUUCUUCAUCAAGGCCUUACAUAUAUGCUGAUACUUAUAAGCCUGUAGUUUCUGAUGAUGAAGGAGGGGAUCAUAAUACUAGUGACAUAUGGGCUAAGUACUUCAGCAUGCAAGGUUCUUCCAAACUUAAUAAACCCAAAUAUAAAGCUCCCAAAAUGGACUAUGAUAGUUUGGGGGGUGGAUUAUGGAAGGGAAAAGCUAUAGCAAACAAGGGAGGUCGUAAAAAGCGAGGUUCUUCUGGAAAGGAGAGUAUCUUUGAUACAAUUACUUCUGUUAAGAAAUCUGAUUGUGCAAGUAUUUAUAGAGAAUUGAUGAGCAGAUGCAUGAGGAAUAUAGAUGCAUCCAUCAACAUGGAACAACCAGCUGUGAUUGACCAGUGGAAACAGUUUCAGUUGGGCAAAUCCUUGGACCAAAGGGAGAAUAAAGAGAUGCCUAAAAAAGAAGAAGAGGACGACCAAGAAGAAGAAGAAGAAAUGACAGAAGAAAAAGAACUUGAAAUGUUGUGGAAGGAGAUGGAAUUAGCACUUGCCACAACAUAUCUUAUGGAAGAAACAGAGGGUUUAAAUGAAAUGCAAAAAUCUAAGAGCCAGGAACCUAAAUGCCUACAUGAUUACAGACUCAAUGAACAGUUCGGGAUUAUCUGUAGAUUAUGUGGUCAUGUUAGAUCUGAAAUAAAAGACAUCUCACCUUCCUUUUUACCAGGUGUAGUCUGGACGCCAAGCAAAGAAAUCCAAACAGAAGAAGAUGAUUCAGAGCAAAACACACAAGAUGCAGACACACGUCUUGAAAUUGCAUGUCUUCCUGCUUCAUCCAUCAUGUCUGUAUCAGAUCAGAACGAAAAUGUGUGGGCCCUGAUUCCAAACCUUAGAUACAAACUACGUUUUCACCAAAAAAGAGCUUUCGAAUUUCUGUGGAGAAAUCUAGCUGGCGAUAUCAUACCUUCAGAAAUGGAAGCAGCCAGCAAGAGAAGAGGCGGCUGUGUCAUCUCCCACACUCCAGGAGCCGGGAAGACAUUGCUUAUAAUAUCGUUUCUGGUUAGCUACUUGAAGCUGUUUCCCGGGUCCCGCCCGUUGGUUCUGGCUCCAAAAACAACUUUAUACACGUGGUACAAAGAAAUCAUUAAAUGGGAGAUUCCGAUUCCGGUGUACCAAAUCCACGGUGGUCAGACAUACAGAGAACAAGUUUUAAAAAACAAACUGAAACUGGCUCCCGGCCUUCCCCGAAACCAAGACGUGAUGCAUGUGUUAGACUGUUUAGAGAAAAUACAAAAAUGGCUCACAACUCCAAGCGUCCUCUUAAUGGGCUACACUUCCUUUCUAACACUUACUCGUGAAGAUUCAAGCUAUGCUCAUCGCCAAUACAUGGCUAAAGUCCUUCGCCAAUGUCCCGGGAUUUUAAUUCUCGAUGAAGGCCAUAAUCCAAGAAGCACAAAGUCAAGACUAAGGAAAGGUUUGAUGAAAGUACAUACCCCUUUGAGAGUGCUUCUGUCGGGUACCCUUUUUCAGAACAACUUUGGUGAAUACUUCAACACUUUGACAUUAGCCAGACCACGUUUUGUGAACGAGGUACUCAAGAAACUAGAUCCCACUUUCAAGAAGAGAAAGAAAGGAGUCGUCUCCAAGUUUUCACUUGAAAACAGAGCAAGAAAGCUGUUUGCCAUCAAGAUAGCAGAGCAAAUCAACUCAAAUGUUCAAAAGGACAGACAGCAGGGCUUGAACAUUCUAAGAAGUUUAACAAGCAGAUUCAUCGACAACUAUGAAGGUGGCAGUGCUGAAAAUCUCCCAGGUCUGCAAUGUUACACUUUAAUGAUGAAGUCCACCACCAUUCAACAAGAAAUCUUGCAAAAGCUUCAAGACAGGAGACCAGUGUACAAAGGCUUUCCUUUAGAGCUUGAACUUUUAAUCACACUCGGGUCCAUACAUCCCUGGUUGAUCCAAACGACUUCAUGUGCAAGCCAAUAUUUUGAACCUGAAGAACUGAAGGCCCUUGAAGGACUCAAAUCCGACAUUAGGCUAGGCUCCAAAGUCAGAUUUGUGAUGAAUUUAGUCCCUCGUUGUCUACUCAGAAAAGAAAAGGUCUUGAUAUUUUGCCACAACAUUGCUCCAAUGAAUCUGUUUAUAGAAACAUUCGAGCGGUUUUACGGGUGGAAACAAGGCGUAGAGGUUCUAGUCCUUAAAGGAGAACUGGAGCUAUUCGAAAGAGGAAGAGUGAUGGAUAAAUUCGAAGAGCCUGGAGGUCCAUCGAAGGUCAUGUUGGCUUCCAUCAAUGCAUGUGCUGAAGGAAUUAGUCUCACAGCAGCUUCACGUGUCAUCCUACUGGAUUCAGAAUGGAAUCCUUCUAAAAGCAAACAGGCAAUCGCUCGUGCUUUCCGCCCUGGACAAGACAAAGUGGUUUAUGUCUACCAGUUGCUUGCAACAGGGACUCUAGAAGAAGAGAAACACAGCAGGACCACAUGGAAAGAAUGGGUGUCGAGUAUGAUUUUCAGUGAGGAACUGGUGGAAGAUCCUUCUCAUUGGUCAGCACCCAAGAUUGAAGACGAGUUGCUUAGAGAAAUUGUGGAAGAAGAUCGAGCUUCACUGUUUCAUGCCAUUAUGAAGAACGAAAAAGCCUCCAAUAUGGUGGUUAGAGGCAGAGAGUAACAAUUACUAAUUUAAAAUAUCUCCUUUCUGUUUUCUAAUAAUCAAACAAACGUCCAUUGCAUUUUUAGACAAUAAAUUAUGGUUUGGCAUGUGUGUUUAAUAUGGUCAGGGUGUAUGAACUAACUUAUGUUCUUUAAAGAUCUCGUUCUUUGGAUA